CCCGGUUCUACCGACACGUUGCUCACCGCAUGGGAAGUCCGUAAAAUCUCUGGCAGAGCCUUCCUCUCGUGCUGCAAAGAUCAAAUGGACUGGAACUAUGGAUCAAGUUUUGUUCGACACCUUGAUUGAGCAAAUCGCGCUAGGUAAAAAGGCAGAUAAUGGCUUCAAACGAGAAGCAUAUUAAGCGGCAGCCGACGAGGUACAUAAACGUACACAGAUUAUUGUCACCUGGCAAAAUAUACAGAAUAGAUUGAGGUAUCACAAGAGGGAGUACAGUGAUAUAAAGGACAUGCUAGCUGCGAGCGGUUUUGGUUGGGACUGCGAGCGGAUGGUGGUGACGGCCCCAGACGAGGUUUGGGAGGAGUAUUUAAAGUCUCAUCCGCGAGCUGAGAGGUUGCAAGGCAAGCGAAUUGAACGGAUGGAUGAUUUAUCGGUGAUUGUCAAGUCUGACCAGGCUACGGGCAGAUAUGCGCAAGGAAGUAGGAACAUUACAGCAUCCUGUUCUCGUGUUUAUCGAGACCUCAAUGAUUCGUGGAGAGGGCUGGACGAUGACACAGAUGCUACCGUGGACCUUUCUGAGGAAAACCUCUCUGAAUCACCUGGCAUAUAUGGCUAAUCAACGGACAGUCAAACAAGGAAAAAUAGGCCGU